UCAACAUAAACAGGUUGUGUCUGUGUUGAUGUGCGCGUAAUUAUCAUUUUAAUUCCAAGAACCGUGAUUUUUGCAUAGUUAUGCCCUCUAUUUUCAAAAACCAGUUCAAAUUAGGAAUAUUAUCAUAUACCAAUUACGGUUUUGAAGGUGGUUAGUGUUUAUAAUAUUCGGUAUAGCGUUAAGAACUAAUAAUUGUUGAUUUUCCUCAAUGCUUAGUUUAUUCUGAAUUUAUCCUUGAGAUAAUUCUGUGCAGAGUCAGUGAAUUACCUCAAAGCUGAGGUAAACCUUAUAGUCAUGUAAAUAUGACUAAUUUUUCUAUAGCACGGCGUGCUGCCGCCAUUUUAAGAAGAAUAACUAAAUAAGUGCAUAUUAUAAUAUUCCACAUUCCGAAGCGGGCACACAUAAAUAUUGUUGUAAGUGUUAGUAUUUUCCAAGAUGGAUUCAAUGCUAUCAGACGCCGACCCAGAAGCUGGUAUGCAUGAUGUUGACUGCGUUCCUCUGCUGCCACUAAGUGAUUCCAUUCGAGAUAUUUUGCCGAAACAAUACAGCACUGAGUCACUCAAAGGACCGUCGAGUUUCUACAGAAUAGACAGUGCAAGACGCACCAGUGAUGCAACAGAAGUUUACCAGUGCCAGAGAAAAUACGCCUCUGAAAACGCAAUUCGACCGCGCUUCAACACAGUCACCGAUGUCUUUACUGACGAGAUCCGCAGGCUUCGAGAGCGGUUAGAUACCCGGUUACAUGAGGCUGUUAUUGAUCAAGACAUAUCGGAAAUUGAGCGUCUGAUUUCGAAUGGAGCUUCGCCCGCCGCGCUCGACCACUCCGGGUUGACACCUCUACAUUUGUGUAUACUUCAUAAACUAAUAAAACCAUUCGAAGCGCUGUUACAACACAAAGAUAGCGCCAACGUCAGAGAUGCUCGUGGUCUAUCAGUACUGCAUGUGGCCGUGUUGCACCGCUGGCUGCCAGGCGUGGAUGCUGCGCUGGCGGCCGACGCUGAUGUUACAGCACUCUGUGAUGCCAGCAAACCUUUAUUAUCCCACUCACUUAAUUGCGAGAGAUACCAGCAUGUUUCUUAUGAAGACUUCGUUCUUGCAUUUGUACAAACACCAAUCCAGUUAGCAACAAAAGUAGGGGAUUUAGCCAUGCUGUUAAAACUUUUAGAUGUUGCUGAACGAAUGGGAGUAGUAGACUGUCAUAACAAAAAAGGUCAAACGCCCCUUUACACGGCCAUUAUGAAUGGUAACUUAGAGGCUGUGGAAAUUCUUAUAAAAAAAGGAGCAAGCGUAGAUAAUGUCUCAAAAAGAAGAGAGACUGCUUUGCAUAUCGCUGUGCGUAAACCUGUUAUUUUAAAAUAUUUGCUGGAUAACACAAAUUGUCCAAGCUCCUUUAGUGAAUACGGUUACGCACCAAUUCAUAAAGCUGCAUAUUGUAAUAAACCAGAAUCAGCGAAAUUACUCCUGAACAAGUUUAAUAAUAUUGAGUUAAAAACAGUAUCAACAAAAAAUAAUGUGAAGGAGGAAAAAUCAGGUUGCUUUACGGCUUUACACAUGGCUGCAAAAUAUUUUAGCAAUGAAACAGGCGAAGUUUUACUGGAAAUGGGCGCUAACCCUAAUGAAGUUGAUGAUCUUGGAAAUACUCCUCUACAUGUAGCAGCUAAAACUCUGAACAGGACUAUGUCUGAGAUACUUUUGCGCAAUGGUGCAGUGCUGUCAGCUAAAGAUCAGGAGGGAAAUUCUGCAUUACGAAUAAUAGCUACUAAAUUUCAUGAUGCUCUUAGCUUUUUUGAAUUGGUGUUUGACGAAUUCGUCUGUACUAAAGGGUUAUACCCCAUGGGGACAACUGUAGUUUGUGUAAACUAUGAAGUGCUUUCAAGAAGCAGUGAUUCGAGACAGAUAAAGGCUAUAGAGGAAUUUGUGAGCUGUGGCCUAAGAAAAAUACUUUUGCAUCCAUUCAUUGAAAGCUUAUUAUAUUUGAAGUGGAGACAACUUUUGCCAAUAUUUUACGUCUUGAUGACAGCAUACGCAUUAUUUCUUGUUUCAUUUAAUAUUUUUGUUGUUAAUGUUUUUUAUUGUAAGGACAAUAUGUUGCACGCUAAUAUUAGCGAAUCUCCUUCAAAUCGGACAAAACAUUCAGCCGAGCUACCUUGGUUUGAAAUGUUCGACAAGUGGUACUCCCUUCUACUGGCAUUGAUAUACGUUUCAAUUAUUUUGCUAGGUUUACAGGAAUCUUUUUACAUUUACAUGAAAAGGCUACACUACUUUGAUAGUCUGGAGUCAUGGGUGAAACUGGCUGGUCUUAUCCUGGCCGCCGUUCUUCCACUAACUGUGCAUUUUGUGGAGAUGGCAGCCUGGCAACGCCAUGUCGCCUGUGCCGCGCUGUUGCUGGUCUGGCUUCAAGCGAUGUUCUUGCUAUCCCGAUUUCCAGGGUGGGGUUAUUACGUCCUUAUGUUCGGAAAAGUCGCAAUCAAUAUGUUUAAGGUAUUCAUCACGUCUAUAUGUUUAGUUGUUGGAUUUGCUUUUUGUUUUAUGAUACAAUUCCAAUCUGAACCACCUUUUGAUGGUCCGAUAUCUGCAGUCGUCAAAACAUUAAUUAUGAUGUCUUCCGAGUUUGAUUAUGAAGACCUUUUUGGACAAGCCCAUGAUAAACAACUUCAGGACUCCAGAACAAUCGUCCGAUUGCUCUUUUUGGUAUUUGUUAUUUUCGUGGCAAUAGUUCUGGUGAACUUUAUGAUAGCUGUGGCCGUCAGUGAUAUUAACAACUUGAACAUAGCAGGAAAUAUUAGCAGGCUUGAGAAACAAGUGGAGUUACUUAGUUCUUUAGACGUUUUAGUUAACUGUGGACCAUUGUCCAGAAUGUUCAAAAAUAAGUACGGUGGUAAAAGGUAUCACAAAAAAAUGUAUAAUUCAAUCAAGGCGAAUAGGACGUGGUUUGUGGAGUGUUCGUCUUCGGUUGAAAUGUACCCUCAGGUUCUUCCUUCAGCACUAUACAGAGCUAUCAUAGAUAUAGCAAGAAAUAAAGAUGAACGUUUUAUGAAAAGUGAUGUAAAAAACACCUCGAAGACUAAACUAGAUGCUGUGUAUAACGCUAUUAUAGGCGGUGGAUUUGAAAUUGAUACUAAUGAUAAAGAGAAGGAAAUAAAUACGUAUUGGCUGCGGGAGACGAUACUUAAACAGACCGAGAAGAUAAAUCAAUUACAAUGUGACAUCCUUGUUAUUAAAGAAAUGUUGGCAGAUAUGAAAGCCAACAAAAAUAUAGGUGAAAGAAUUAGCUUGUGAUUAUAUUCAAAAAGCAAAGGUAGCGAGUGCAUAAUUUUAAAAAGGGAAUCACAACGAAAGUAUGAGUACUUAACUGAG